AUGCUGCUGCGCCUGCUGCUGGCCUGGGCGGCCACGGUGCCCACGCUGGGCCAGGCCCCCUGGGCUGCCGAGCCCCGCGCCGCCUGUGGCCCGGGCAGCUGCUACGCGCUCUUCCCACGGCGCCGCACCUUCCUGGAGGCCUGGCGGGCCUGCCGCGAUUUGGGGGGCGACCUGGCCACGCCACGGACCCCCGAGGAGGCCCAGCGUGUGGACAGCCUGGUGGGCGCUGGCCCAGCCAGCCAGCUGCUGUGGAUCGGGCUGCAGCGGCAGGCCCGGCAAUGCCAGCCCCAGCGCCCACUGCGUGGCUUCACAUGGACCACGGGAGACCAGGACACGGCCUUCACCAACUGGGCCCAGCCUGCCACGGGCGGGCCUUGCCCGGCCCAGCGCUGUGCGGCCCUGGAGGCAAAUGGUGAGCAUCGCUGGCUCGAGGGCUCGUGCACGCUGGCCGUCGAUGGCUACCUUUGCCAGUUCGGCUUUGAGGGCUCCUGCCCAGCAUUGCCAGAGGAGGCGGGCCAGGCGGGCCCGGCUGUCUACACCACACCCUUCCACCUGGUCUCCACUGAGUUUGAGUGGCUGCCCUUCGGCUCUGUGGCUGCCGUGCCGUGCCAGGCUGGCAGAGAGGCCUCUCUGCUGUGCGUGAAGCAGCCUGAGGGUGGUGUGCGCUGGUCGCGGGCUGGGCCCUUGUGCCCAGGUACUGGCUGCGGCCCGGACAACGGGGGCUGUGAACACGAGUGCGUGGAGGAGGUGGAUGGUCGUGUGUCCUGUCGCUGCACUGAAGGCUUCCGGCUGGCAGAGGACGGGCGCAGCUGUGAGGACCCCUGCACCCACGCCCCGUGUGAGCAGCAGUGCGAGCCUGGGGGACCACAGGGUUACAGCUGCCACUGUCGCCUGGGUUUCCGGCCAGCCGAGGAUGAGCCCCACCGCUGCGUGGACACAGAUGAGUGUCAGAUCGCUGGUGUGUGCCAGCAGAUGUGCGUCAACUACGUCGGUGGCUUUGAGUGCUACUGCAGUGAGGGCCACGAGCUCGAGGCUGAUGGCAUCAGCUGCAGGCCCGCUGGGGCCAUGGAUGCUCGGGCUUCCCAGGACCUUGAAGACGAGUUGCUGGAUGACGGGGAGGAUGAAGAGGAUGAAGAGGACGCCUGGGAGGACUUCGAUGGUGGCUGGACAGAGAUGCCCGGAAUCCCGUGGAUGGAGGCCACACAGCCACCUGACUUUGGCCUGGCCUAUAGACCUAGCUUCCCAGAGGACAGAGAGCCUCAGAGGCCCUACCUGGACCCUACCUGGCCACCCCCGCUCAGUGCCCCUAGGAUCCCUUACCACUCUUCAGUGCUCUCUGUCACCCGACCCUUGGUGGUUUCUGCCACACGCCCUACACUGCCUUCUGCCCACCAGCCCCCUAUUAUUUCUGCCACACGCCCGCCCCUGGCCCCUGCCCCGCAGCCCCCCAGGAUCCCUGCCAUGCAUCCAGCUUUGCCCCCUGACCACCAGCUCCCCAUGAUCUCAGCCAAUUAUCCAGAUCUGCCCUCUGUCCACCAACCCCCCAUUAUCUCUGCCACUCACCCAGCACAGUCCCCUUCCCAUCAGCCCCCAUAUAUCCCAGCCAAAUACCCUGAACCGCCCCCUGCCCACCAGUCCCCUAUGUUUCCAGACAGCCAGGUCGCUGAUACCCAGACAACCACUAAUUUGCCUCAAAUCCCAGCUAACCACACCCCUCUGGUCACCACCUCAAGUGCCCACCACUCCCCUGUGACCCCAGAUGUCCCAGUCCUCAAAGCCCAGGCCAACCCCCUUCCCAUUACCUCGACUGUCCAGCCCUCUCUGACCACCACUACCAGGUCCCCUGUGCCCCCUGCCCAUCAAGUCCCUGUGCCUGCUGCCAGCCAGCCCCCAGGCCUCCACACUCCCCUGCACCCCACUAACCAGACCAGUGCCACCAGCACUACACGCACUUAUUCCAAAGCCCCACAGGUCCCAAGGGAAAGCGCCUCUGAUCCCAAGCUGGCCCCAUGGCUGCCCUCAGCGGCCGCCACAGCAGCCCCAACAGCCCUAGGGGAGGCCAGUCCUGCAGGCCGAAGCCGGAGGGAUGACCGCUGGCUGCUGGUGGCACUCUUAGUGCCAACAUGCGUCUUCUUGGUAGUCCUGCUUGCACUGGGCAUUGUUUACUGCACCCGCUGUGGCCCCCAUGCAUCCAACAAGCGCAUUACGGACUGCUAUCGCUGGGUCACCCACGCUGGGAGCAAGGGCCCAACGGAACCUGUGCCCCACCGGGGCAGCCUCACGGGGGUGCAGACCUGCAGAACCAGCGUGUGAUGGAGCACAGCCCCCUUCUGUGGGGUGGGGGGCAGGGGCUUGCAUUGGACACAUGGCCCAGGCUGCACCAGUGACAUAUGGGAGCUGCCCAGAUGGACAGAGAGCUUCCUGCUCCCCUGGGCCAAACUGGGCUCCUCUCUCAAUCAACCAUUAGACUUGAUUUGUGGAAACUGUUCCCUGGCCUGGCACUCACGACAGAGGAGACGCCAAGGUCCCCAUGACCUCAGGGGGUGGGUGCUGGGGGUCUCCUCCAAUAAACAGGGUGCCAACCACA